AUGGGUGUGGCUCCCAAACUCAUCGUAACCGACCAAGACUUAGGAAUGAAAGUUGCUAUUGAGGAGGUCCUUGUCAAUACGAGACACCGGUGGUGUAUGUGGCACGUUAUGAAUAAAGCUGCUGACAAAUUGCCAAAGAACAUGCUUGGUAGUGAAGAACUAAAGAAGGAACCGAAUGCAUGUGUAUGGUCGGAGUUGAUAGAACAUGAUGCAUUUGAAGAAACUUGGCAUGCUAUAAUGGAAAGAUAUGGGCUGGCCAAUAAUGACUGGUUUUCAUUAAUGUUUGCAUCCAGAAAGUUUUGGGUUCCAGCCUUUUUCCGCGAUUUUUCGAUGAGUUCGUUGAUAAAGACAACUUCUUUGUCAGAAUCACAGAAUAGCUUCUUUAAAAGGUACUCAAAGUCUUGGGCUAACCUUAUGCUAUUUUAUAUGAACUAUAACCAUGCUCUGGAGACUCAAAGAAGUAAUAGCGCAAAGCUUGAAUACUAUGAUUCAACAAAAGUGCCUAUUUUGCGAACAAAAUUGGAAAUCGAGAAACAUGCAUCAACGAUAUAUAGUGGUAGUGCUUAUAAUGCAAUUCAAGAAGAGAUAGUUUAUGCAUGUUUCUCUUUGUCUUGUGCAACUCUAGGAGUGUCUGCCAAUAGAGAGAUUGAAGUAUAUAACGUAAAUGACAAGGAUUCAAACUCAUGGUCAGUGACUUACUCCAUUGUCAUAUAUUUUGUGUUGAAAUAUAAGUUUGUCAAGUUGAUACCCGAGAAGUUGCAUGGAGGGAGAUGGUUGAAGUCACAGUUUGUGAAGCCAAUACAUGGAGUUUUUUGUGAUGAUCAAGAAAUACACCUUGUUGUGGACAAGAAUAAGAUUGCAUUUAAAAACUUGUAUGCAUUAUUCAUUGAAACAGCACAAAGUAUUCAAGGUAACAUUGAUCAAAUCAAUGCAUUUGCUGCAAUUAUUGAAGAAGGUAAGAAGCAGCUUCUCGGAGAAGGUGUUGUUCUGUCUUCGACAGAGAAGAGAGCAUUGAUGGAGAACUUCUAUGGCUCACAAGUUUCGAACUUUAUUGAAGUUCAUCAUCCUGAUGUUGUUAGUACAAAGGGAAGUGGGAGUAGGAAGAAAUCGAAGAAGGAGUCAGCAAUGAAGUUAGCAAUGAAACCAGGUCGAAAGUGUGGAAACUGUCAUCAGAUUGGACACCAUGAUUCUAGGAACUGCAAAAAGGUUAAUGAGAAGGCAAAUCAGAGGCAGUGA